UGUAAAGGGUUCUCCAUUUCACUCAGGUGGUAGAUAGCGUCUGGAAUGGUGUUAGGUGUUUAAUACUAUUUUCAGAAAACUGUGCUUCCUAAUGUUUAAACUAUACCGUUUCAUGCUGCCUUUUUUGGCCGUCAGUUGUUGGAUACCACGAGAGUCAAACAGUUUUCCGACAUCCGAGGAGCUCAAUCCGAAGGAAUCAAUUCCAGUUAAUAACAAUGACGAGAUUAAUAUCAAGAAGUCAACCGAUCAGGAUUUGAAUAGCAACUUGCCGAGAGAUGCAGCAGACGUAGUCGGAAUUCUGAUUGACGUUGUUUACAGCCUGAAUCAGACGCUUUUGUAUGGCGCUUCGUUCCUUCGAAUAAUUAAAUGGUUCCUCUUCAUCCUCAAAUUCAUCGGCUAAAGCAAAAUUAAACUCACGCUCAUCCAUAAAACAUUUCGUACUCUUUUUGUUUCAUAACGUUUCGCCCAUGUUCCAAACCCGUUUAUAUUGAUUUGUAACUUCCCACG